AUGGCUGCCGCUAGCAUAGCAAGCUAGCGCGCGAACUAGUUAGCUUCUUUGAUUUACUUCUUGUAAAUGUUUGUACUUCAAGCUAGCGCGCUAACUAGUUCGCUUAUUUGAUUUACUUGUAAAUGUUUGUACGUCAAGCUAGCGAGCUAACUAGUUAGCGUCUUUAAUUUACUUCUUGUAAAUGUUUGUACUUCAAGCUAGCGCGCUAACUAGUUAGCGUCUUUGAUUUACUUAUUGUAGAUGUUUGUACUUCAAGCUAGCGCGCUAACUACGUAGUUAGCUUCUUUGAUUUACUUCUUGUAAAUGUUUGUACUUCAAGCUAGCGCGCUAACUAGUUAGUUUAUUUGAUUUACUUCAUACAAAUGUUUGUACUUCAAACGCAGUGUGGAAGACGGAGAAAAAGAGACAAUAACUUACCAGACAGGACGAGAGGAGAACCUUUUUUUCACUCGAUUUCACCAGCUCAAUAGUCUCCAUGCAGAAAGGUAGAAAUAUAAUGUAGCAUUGCUGAUGCCUAGUAACCACAGUACUAAAUAUAACUUGGCUUUCAAUAUUUUUGACUUUAUGAAUUUAUGACAUAAUCAGCCACGAAAUAAUUAACAGUUAUAAAAUAAUAAUUCUUUGAAAAGCGGAUAUCUUGAGGGAGCGAUAUUCGAUAUAGCAGUGAUUAUUGACGUUCGAACCGGAAGUCGAAGUGAAGCCGUUUUGUCGCCCUCUGCCCUCUAGUGGACACUUUUAGUAUAGGUGGCGCCAUGCGUGAUAUGAAGUCGAUAUGGCGAUCCAAGAAGCACUUAUGAGAAGAUGGAAGCGUUUGAAAAGAGCCCGUAGAGAACGAGCAGGGCAACAUGUCCACAUUUGGAGGCCGUGUGUGACACCGCCCCCCUUUCCCGGUCUUUUUAUGACAGUGUAACCGAGCCGGUGGGAGUGGGAGUGGGGGCGGGCUGAUGUGAUUUGUGUGCAGCAGAAGGAGACGAAGAAGAAGCAGACGCAGGACGACGCCGUGGAUUUGUGGAUCUUUACUAUUCUUUAGGAUAUUUCCCCCGUGGUUUUCAUCUGUAGAAAGCGAUGGAUUACUGCGUGUGUGUACUUUUGCUACUCUCCAGCGUGUCCUGCGUGUCCACCGGACAGUUCCCCAACGCGCACAUGAUAAAAGAAUGGGUGGACCAGAUGCAAAAGGACUUGAUCACGCUAACAGACAAGGCGAGCGGCAUCCAAAGUCUCAUUCAGAUCUAUAAAAACCACCAGACGCACUUCAGCGUGGAGUCCAACAACGCCCGGCAGCUGGUGGCCACGGCCGCCGGGAACAUCGAGAGGCUGCUGCAAAAUCGCUCCAAAGCCCUGAAGAGGCUGGCAACAGAGGCGGAAAACUUCCAAAUGGACCACGACUGGCAGGACAACAGCGAGGCUGACAAAAUUGUCUACUACAAUGCCAAAGAUGACCUCAACCAGACGCAGAAGAAAAACCGCUACGUCCCCGAGGACUUCCACGUGGACCCGGACUUCAAACGUCUGGUGUCGUACAACACCACGGCCGUCCACAUCCCCACCGACAUAUACGAGGGCUCCACCAUCAUCCUCAAUGAGCUCAACUGGACCGAAGCCCUGGAGGAGGUCUUCCGUAAAAACAAGGAGGAGGACCCGUCUCUCCUGUGGCAGGUGUUUGGUUCCGCCACCGGGCUGGCUCGCUACUUCCCAGCAUCCCCCUGGAUCGACUCGAGCAAAUCAGCCAAUAAGAUUGACCUCUACGAUGUACGCAGGCGGCCAUGGUACAUCCAGGGGGCGGCCUCACCCAAGGACAUGCUGAUCCUGGUGGACGCGAGCGGCAGCGUGUCGGGUCUGACCCUCAAGCUGAUCCGAACGUCCGUCAGCGAGAUGCUGGAGACGCUGUCGGACGACGACUACGUCAACGUCGUCUAUUUCAACGACAAGGCCACGCACGCCGCCUGCUUCGAGAACCUGGUGCAAGCCAACGUGCGAAACAAGAGGAUCCUGAAGGAAGCCGUGCAGGGCAUCAGCGCCAAGGGCACCACCAAAUACAAGGAAGGCUUCGAGCUGGCCUUCAAGCAGCUCGCCCAGGUAAACGUAUCCAGGGCCAACUGCAACAAGAUCAUCAUGCUCUUCACCGAUGGAGGCGAGGAGCGCGCUGAGGAGAUCUUUCAGCACUACAACCCCAAACAAGCCGUGCGCAUUUUUACAUUCUCAGUGGGUCAGCACAACUACGACAAAGGACCCAUACAGUGGAUGGCGUGUGCUAACAAAGGUUACUAUUAUGAGAUCCCAUCCAUUGGCGCCAUCAGGUUGAACACUCAAGAGUACCUUGACGUUUUGGGCAGACCCAUGGUCAAAGCAGACCGGAAGGCCAAGCAGGUCCAGUGGACUAACGUCUACCAGGACGCACUGGAGCUGGGACUGGUCAUCACGGGAACGCUUCCUGUCUUCAACAAGACCAACACGGGGUCAAAGAAAUCCCAGAACCAGCUCAUCCUGGGUGUCAUGGCCAUCGACGUCUCGCUGGAAGACAUCAAGAGACUCACGCCACGCUUUACUUUUGGACCAAACGGCUACUACUUUGCCAUCGACCCCAACGGAUACGUGCUGCUUCACCCCAACCUCCAGCCGCCGACGGCCGAGUUCCACGAGCCUGUCACCUUGGACUUCUUGGAUGCCGAGCUGGAGAAUGACGUCAAAGUGGAGAUAAGAAGGAAGAUGAUUGAUGGUCUGACAGGAAAUUAUCCAAUUUCUGCUCUGGUCAAAUCACAAGAUGAGCGCUACAUUGACGUGGGGCAGAGGACCUACACCUUUGCACCAGUAAAGGGUACCGAUUACAGUCUGGCGCUGGUUCUGCCCGACUACAGCUCGCAUUACAUCCGGGCCACCAUCGGCGACACCAUCACACAAGCCAAAUUUUCUGAGAGCCUGCUGGCCGACAAGUUUGAUGAAUACGGCUUCACGCUCAUAGCGCCGAGGGUGUACUGCAAGGACCUGAAGCCGCCCGGCAAGGACAAAAGCAACACCGAGUUCCUGAUGGAGUUCAACAAUUACAUCGACACCAAGACUCCAAACAACCCCAUGUGCAACGUGGAGCUGGUGAACCGAUUGCUCCUGGACGCUGGCAUCACUUCAGGUCUCAUCAAGAUCUGGAAGGAGAAUAAGUUGCCGCCCGGCGUCACCGCCAGGUUUGUUGCCACAGACGGAGGAAUCACCCGGGUGUACCCGAAAAGCGCUGGCCUGAACUGGAGGGAGGAGGCGGAGACGUACGAGUCCAGUUUCUACAAGCGCAGUUUGGACAACGACCUGUACAUCUUCACUCCAACGCCGUACCUCAACAAGAACACAAGCGACGACUCGGUCCUCGUGAGCAGAGCCGUCAACCUGAUGAUUGACAAUAAGCUCCUAAAACCAGCGGUGGUGGGCGUCAAGUUGGACAUCAGCGCCUGGAUGGCGAGCUUCAUCAACACCACGCAGAGGACCAACUGCACCGAUGAGAUCUGCGGCUGCCAACGAAACGAUGUGUACGUAGACUGCGUCAUUCUGGAUGAUGGCGGCUUCCUGGUGAUGUCCAAUCGAGAUGAAUACAUCGACCAGAUCGGGCGCUUCUUCGGAAUGAUUGAUCCCAUCCUGAUGAUCAACCUGGUCAACUCCUCGCUGUUCACCGACAAGAAGUCCUUCGACUACCAAUCACUGUGUGAACCCGAGACGGAGAACGAGGCGGCGGCGGGGCUGAGAUCUGUCUAUGUGCCCUCCGUUGCCGAUAUUUUGAACGUCGGGUGGUGGGCCACCGCUGCAGCCUGGUCCAUACUGCAACAGGUGCUGUUCAGCAUCACGUUCCCAAAUUUCCUGGACGCAGCCGGCAUGGAUGAGGAUGCGUCAGACAUCGUACACAAGGAAGUGUGCAUCACCGAGCAGACGCAGUACUACUUCAACAACGACGACAAUUCCUUCAAAGGCACGGUGGACUGUGAAAACUGCUCCAGAAUUUACCACGCCGAGAAGCUUCCCAACACAAACCUGGUCUUCAUCAUCGCCGACGCCAAACUCACCUGCAGGUCAUGUGACAACACCCUGCUGAUACAGGAUGAGCAACAGUCUAACGGACCCGAUCCCUGCAUAGUGGCCCAGAAUCCUCGCUACAGGAAAGGACCCGCCGUCUGCUUCGAUAGCAACGAACACGAGGAGGACCCCGACUGUGGGGGCACGUCCGGCCUGAGCCCCUCGCUGUGGCUGACGGCGGCGCUUCAGCUGGCGCUUCUGUGGCUUCACGCGGGCUCCAGACAUCACGGCGUGCCGUCAUGACCUCCCCCGUCCGAACGUCCACCGCCGCCAUCUUUCUACCAGCAUGCAACGCUGCCCCCUGACGGUUUGAUUUCUCUGGAUGGAGACUCGCCGACGGAGAGGGCGGUGCUGCCUUCCAGGACUCGGCGGUUUAUUUGGUUGUUAGACCGCCGGAAGCGAACGCUUGGUUUUCGAAUCCAUCCGCGGUGGCGAGCGUUCGCUUCUUCGUUGGCCACGCCUGAGCUCCGCAAACCUUUACCCUACAUCUAAAGUUCUUCCCUGAAUCCUCAGCCUCCGGGUUUGUUCCGGACUUCCCGUUAGAGCGCUCCAAUGACAACCAAUCAGGAGGAACCUGACUGAAUCAUCUCUAGUGCCAUGUGUGAUUCCUGUUAGCCGUUUAUUUAUUGGAUGCUGAACGUAAACACCGAAAAAACCAUCCGCAUUUACUCAAGUCCUGUUGUCGUUUCUUUCGAGCCAACUUGCAGACCCAACAACAAAACCCUUAAAGGUCCCUUAUCCUUUUUUUUUUUUACAAUUUUAAACAACACAUGUGACGAUAACAAACAAAAUGAUCCAACUCACAGCUGCCAUGACUGAUGGUUGCAUUUUAAGAUGUGUGGCGAAGCCUGCUUGUAGUAUUAAUGAGUACUGGAAUUGUGAUUCUACUUCGUCCUACGAGGAAUUGUGUGCGUCUGCUAAUGAGCUGUGUUUGAUUCCAUCAGGGUGUGCGUCUCCAAGAAGUGUUCAGUCUCUGUCGUAGCACUGCCCUUGUCUACUGUAAUGGAUGCUACAUAGUAUCAUAUACCGUAUUUUCCGGACUAUAAGUCGCACUUUUUUUUCAUAGGUUGGCUAAACAAAAAAAACAAAAUAAACAAAAAAAUUUAAAUAAAAAAAAUUUAAGAAAAUUAUUUUUGGGAAAAAUAGCAUUUUCAAGGUUAUUUUCCAGACUAUAAGUAUAAGUAAUAAACAAAUAAAUAAAGUUAUAAGUAAUAAACAAAAAAAUUUUAAGAAAAUUCUUUUUUGGAGAAAUAGCAUUUUCGACUUAUACUCGAAGCGACUUAUAGUCCAGAAAAUACGGUAUAUACGGCUUUAAGACGUGUAGUGAAGCCUGUUUCUGCCAAAUAUACAACGGUCCAUCAUCAGGACAGACAGACACAAACAUUAGCAACACUGUGAGCUAAAGGACUAGCAUUACACUUAGUAGUUUUAACAGCAACGUCAUGCUAGCUGAGGUGGUUUGCAGACGAAAAGCUUCUAAGUCUGCGGCUCACUGAGCUUUAAGACGUGUAGUGAAGCCUCUUUUCUCAUAAUAUACAACGGAAAAUCAUCAGAACAGACAGACACAAAUGUUAGCAACACUAGCAUAGCGAGCUAAAGUGCUAACAUAUGAAUAACAUGCUUAUUUGCUAUGGAAAACAACAUGAUGACGCUAACAGCUCCCACAUCUGGAUCUGACUGACAGGGUUUGUUUUAGGACGUGUAGUGAAGCCUGAACUUCAAGAUCCAUUUUUGUCACUUUUCAUGCUCAUCAACACAAACUACUGAAAAAAGUGGGACCUUUAAGGUUUUUACUUGGGAAUUUUUGUGUCAUUCGUCCAACUUUAUUUGGUUCACCGAAGGACACACUGAGGGCUUCCUGAUCAGGGCAGAUCCGUGUCCUGAUUGGCUGUCCAGAAUUUAGUUUUUUUUAAUGCGGCGCUUUUUUUUUACUCGCUUCGUUUUUUUCGAGCCAACUUGCAGACCGAACAACAAAACCCUUAAAGGUCCCCUAUCCUUUUUUUUUUUUUUUUUUACAAUUUCAUUUUUAUUUUUUUAAUUUUUUUUUUUUUUACAAUUUCAUUUUUAUUUAUUUUUAUUUUAUUUAUUUUACAAUUUGAAACAAGACGUGUGACAAUAACAAACAAAUGACUGACGCUCACAGCUCUCACAUCUGUAUCUGAACGAGAGGGUAGGACUUUUUUUUUAGGACGUGUAGUGAAGCCUGAACUUCAAGAUCCAUUUUUGUCACUUUUCAUGCUCAUCAACACAAACUACUGAAAAAAGUGGGACCUUUAAGGUUUUUACUUGGGAAUUUUUGUGUCAUUCGUCCAACUUUAUUUGGUUCACCGAAGGACACACUGAGGGCUUCCUGGUCAGGGCAGAUCCGUGUCCUGAUUGGCUGUCCAGAAUUUAGUUAUUUUAAAUGCGCCGCUUCGUUCUUCUUCUUCGGGCCAGUGUAGCAAAACUCUGCCGCUAACAAGCGCCGCACUUUAUUACUGUACUUCCGCCAUAAUAUCGUCGUCGUUGGUUGACAAAAAAAAAAAAAAAAAAACAUCCAAGUGCCAAACUCUGGUGGAGAAAAGCCGUAAAGCCGUUAUCCUGGUAAUUAAUGCAAGGUGACGACGAGGAUCAGAGGAUCAGAGGAUCAGCUCUUACUGCCUUUUUGUUUUUCUUCCUGUGAGGAGACAGCAUCUGGCGUUCUUUCUACCAAAGGACAUCGGUUUUUGUUGGGAAUCCUUUUAAGUGCUAAAAUCCGAUGCUGUCCCCUCUGGAAUCUUUUAAAGCGCAUCGUGUUGGUUGGCCUUCUAAUUUCUGGUUUGUGUUUCCUGAGUGUGUAUGUGUGUGUGUGUGUGUGUGUGUGUUAGUUCCAUUAGGGUCUGUCAAGCAUCUUGGCGGUCCGUUUCAGACCAUGUCCACAUGUGCGAUGGUAUUUUUAAUAACUGGCUUCAAAGGUGUAUUUUAAAGCAACAGGUGGCGCUAUAGCCAAUGGAGGGAAAAUUCGCAUUGAAAUAAUACCCUUGCUGUGUUUCCCACAUUUAUUUGUGGCGCUCCGCCACGAAUGAACGUAAGGAAAACAACUCCUUUCGUUUGUGCGGACAUGGUCCAAGCCUCCCACGAUUGUGCUUUUAAGAUAUUCGGAAAAAAAAAAAUAAUAAUUUGUACAAAACCAAAAGUGUGUUCAUCCAUGUGCAAAUAAAUAUUCGGAAUAAAAUUUUAUGAGAAUUUUGUUCACGUCUCACUCCAGUAUCGCUUUACGCUUUAUGGCGGAUGUUAAAAACGGCGCUAAGUGCGAGCGACACGCUGCGAGGGCCCAGCAGGAAAAACACGGACUUGCUCAAGGGCGUUUUAAACGUCUUAUUAUAACAAUAGUAGUCUUUUUUACUCGGAGCGCAGUAAUGGGACGAAGUUGAAAUCCGCACAAUUUGAUAAAAGACGUUUAUGUCUUCAUGCGUUUUUUGUUUUUUUUUAGUUAGCUAAAUAUUCUCCCGUUCCGCAAACCGAUUUUCUCUUCCUCCUGAGUGAACGCUGUCCAUCUCCAAGAUUUACAACCUCGUUUUCCCCAAAGAAAAGCAGUUUUUCCAAUGUCUCUCUUGGACUUUGUCCCUGACUUCUUCCUCUCCAAAAGUGUUAUUCCUUGUCUUCCGCGGAUGGCCGGCGAUGUCAACAGCACAUGCUGGAUUUCCUGCAGAGAAGCCUCUGGAUUUUUGCGUCUGGCAGCAACACGAUCGGGGUCACCGGUGUUGUGGUUUUGGAUUGUUACCUCCAGUUCCUUCGGACUCUGAUUGAUAUCUGGCCCCGCGUCCCGCUGGGGGGACGUCACCCUGAGUGAAUAUGAAGGCUUUAUUACAGCAGUGAUUGCUCACCUUCUGAGCCUCCGUGAGAUGAAAAAUCCCAUAGACGUUUGUUUUUUUUUUAGCUCCAUCCAUUCAUUCAUCUUCUUCCGACUCUUUGAGGUCAGAAGGUCUGGACGGCAGCCUAAGCAGGGAACCCCAGACUUCCCUCUUCUCGACUACUUCGUCCAGCUCAUCCCGAAGCAUUCGUUCCCAGGACAGUUGAGACAAAGUCGGUCCAACCUGUCCUGGGUCUCCUUUGAGGCACAUCCAUGUGGAAGAGCAGGGGUUCUACUCCCGAGUUUCCCAGAAAGCUAAUUUCCCCAAAGCUCCUGACUGUAGUCGAGGUUAGGAACGGAGCUCCAACAGCAAAUUGAGAGGUUUGCAACAAUCCACCGGUCACGUUGCAACCAUCCAUCCCUUAAGACCCCAAGGUACCUAAACUCCUCCACUUGGGGCAGGAUCUCAUCCCACCCCACCGUUUUCCAGGAAAGAACCAUGGAUUCAUACUUGGAGGUGUUGAUUCUUGUCCAAAACGACGAUGGUCUCUUGGUUUCGAAUACUGACUGACUCAAUACUGAGUGUUCAAUCUUGAAAUUUACUCACCGCAAAAACCUAAAUAAAACUAAAAUCAUGCUGUUUGCUAACAGCAGAAAGGACACGUACCAGCAAAUACAAAUAGACGCUGUAGACAUUGAAAGGGUGAAGGAAAAUACAUCAUACAUACAAUCUUCACUGGCUAAAUGUACUGCAAAAAAGGCCAGUAAGGAUAAUUCAUAAUGCCGCCUACAGAGAACAUACUAACUCCUUAUUUCUAAAAUGACAAAUACUUCAACUCGCUGAUAUAGUUCAACUUCAAAUAAUGCAUAAGGCUAAAAAAAAAUAAGCAAUUAGCUAAAAAUGUCAUCCGCCUGAGCCACGUCAACCGACUCCUCUUAAUGUGCAGGAGCAGCGUCUCGACUCCGAGCCCCUCCCGGAUGACUGAGCUCCUCACCCCUUCUCUUAGGGUUUGUGUUUCUUCAUGUUUCUAGUGGUGUACAGUUCAAUUGUUACUUUGAACGGGAAUCUGGCACCAUUAGUAAGAAUGCUGGUGCAGCUUGUGGCCACUUUUAGCCCGUGACGUCAGAGGAGUAAUUGUUACUGGCAGACUCGUAGCAAAGCCUUUGUUGAGGGCCGCGAUGCCGGCCAACUUCUAUCCCAUCCAGGAUGCGUUUGAGUUUGACACAUAAUGUACUAGAAUGAGAAUCCACUCAGCGAUUAGACGGAAUCGAUAGGUGUCAAAAACGGUUUCUAAGAUACAGAUGUUGUGGAAGACUACCAAAAAAUACUCUGUAGCAAAAUGGAAGCUGAAAGGAAGCUGCAAGCGUCAAUCACGUAAAUGAAACCACGCUAUCGUGAUAUUGGUAAUGGUAAUGGUUUAAUUUCAUUUGAACAUGCAUUAGAUUACA